UUGGAGGGAAGCACAGAGACAGAGACUGCCGGUGGAUGUGUGAGUCUGUGUCCGGGCUGCGGUGGAUCUGUGCCGGCUCCGGUGUGAAUGGGAUUACGCCGGUUGUUCCGCAUCUGUUGGAGGAAACAUGCGGCCGCAGAGCUUCCCGGUUUCCUCGGUGCUCUUCUCGCUGCUGCUGCUCGGGCUCUGUAGCGGCACAAGUUUCCCAAGUAACAUCAACAUAGGAGGCCUUUUCCCUACCGGCUCCCAUGAGUACGAGGUGUUUCGCUUUGCCCUGGCGCAGCACCAGGACAUCCCCAAGCUGGUGCCACAGGUGGACAUGGUGGACACGGGGAGCAGCUUCGCCAUGACCUACGCCUUCUGCUCCCAGUUCUCUAAGGGCGUGUACGCCAUCAUGGGUCUGUACGACCGGCGGACGGUCAACAUGCUGAUGUCUUUCUGCGGCUCUCUGCACGUCUGCUUCGUCACGCCGUCCUUCCCGGUCCAGACCAACAACCAGUUUGUCCUGCAGCUGCGGCCCCAGCUGCAGGAGCCCCUCAUGGCCCUGCUGGAGCACUUCUGCUGGACCAGGUUCACCUACAUGUACAGCCCAGACUCAGGUCUGUCGGUGCUGCAGAGGAUCUUGGACACGGCGGCGGAGCGAACUUGGCAGGUCACCUCCGUUAACUUGGACACUCUGACAGAAGCUGCCUUCAUCAAGCUGUUGGCCGACAUCGACUUCAAAAAGGACUUUCACAUCGUCAUCGACUGCGAGCUGGAGCGACUCAACUCCAUCCUCAACCUGAUUGCUGCUCAGAAGAGAAACUUGAAGAACUACCACUACGUCCUGUCCAACCUGGGCUUCAUGGACCUGAACAUGACAGAUUUUCGGAAGCUCGGUGCCAACGUGACGGGCUUCCAGCUGGUGAACCGGUCCGAUCCGGCUGUGGAGAAGAUCGACCAGGACUGGCUGGACUUUGACAGCAAAGACCUCAAACUGGCCCGCAGGAGGCUCAGGUACACAGGAGCUCUGACCUACGAUGGCGUCACCGUCAUGGCCACGGCGUUCCAGAACCUGCGGCGGCAGCGGAUCGACAUCUCUCGCCGGGGGAACGCUGGGGAGUGUCUGGCAAACCCCCCCGCGCCCUGGGGGCAGGGCAUCGACAUACAGAGAGCCCUGCAACAGGUGCGUCUGGAGGGGCUGACGGGUCGCGUGCAGUUUGAUGAGCGCGGACAUCGAACCAACUACACCCUGAGUGUGAUGGAGCUCAGCCUCACAGAGUCCACGAAGAUCGGCUACUGGAACGAGCGGAGAGGCUAUGUGAACACGGCCGUCUACAAGCCUGUGAUGGAGGAGUUCCACGGUCUGCAGAACCGAACCUACGUGGUCACCACCAUACUGGAAGCUCCCUACAUGAUGCUGAAGAAGAACCACGAGCAGUUUGAAGGAAACGAGCGGUACGAAGGAUACUGCGCCGAGCUGGCCGCGGAGAUCGCCAAACACGUGGGCUUCGUGUACCGGCUGGAGCUGGUGGACGACGGCAAGUACGGAGCCAGAGACGCUGAAACCAAGAUGUGGAACGGCAUGGUGGGAGAAUUGGUGUACGGGAAGGCUGACGUGGCGGUGGCCCCGCUCACCAUCACUCUGGUGAGGGAGCAGGUGAUCGACUUCACUAAACCCUUCAUGUCUCUGGGGAUCUCCAUCAUGAUCAAGAAGCCCACCAAGUCCAAGCCCGGCGUGUUCUCCUUCCUCGACCCGCUCGCCUACGAGAUCUGGAUGUGCAUCGUCUUCGCCUACAUCGGAGUCAGCGUGGUGCUCUUCCUGGUGAGUCGUUUCAGCCCGUAUGAGUGGCAGGGCGAGGACUCUGAUGAUGAAGAUGAAACUCUGCCCUCCUCUUCCUUCCGACGAGCUCUGCCGACCUCCUCUGAGCUCGCUCACUCUCCAGGGUUCUGCCAGGCUCCAGUCCAGAACCAGCAGAAAGAGAAAGAGACUCCAGAAUACACCAACGACUUUGGGAUCUUUAACUCUCUCUGGUUCUCUCUCGGGGCGUUCAUGCAGCAGGGCUGCGACAUCUCCCCCAGGUCUCUCUCCGGUCGCAUCGUGGGAGGAGUUUGGUGGUUUUUCACCCUCAUCAUCAUCUCCUCCUACACAGCCAACCUGGCAGCCUUCCUCACUGUGGAGAGGAUGGUGUCUCCCAUCGAGGGCUCAGAGGACCUGGCCAAGCAGACGGAGAUCGCCUACGGUACGCUGGACGGAGGCUCCACCAAAGAGUUCUUCAGGCGCUCAAAGAUCGCCGUUUUUGAGAAGAUGUGGUCGUACAUGCGGAGCACGGACCCCACAGUGUUCGUGAAGAACACCAACGAAGGUGUGAUCAGAGUCAGGAAGUCGAAGGGGAAGUACGCCUACCUGCUGGAGUCGUCCAUGAACGAGUACAUCGAGCAGAGGAAGCCCUGCGACACCAUGAAAGUCGGAGGCAACCUGGACUCUAAAGGUUACGGAGUGGCCACGCCCAAAGGAUCGGCCCUCAGAAACCCUGUUAACUUGGCAGUAUUAAAACUGAACGAGCAGGGCCUGUUGGACAAAUUGAAAAACAGAUGGUGGUAUGACAAGGGAGAGUGCGGCACCGGGGGAGGGGACUCCAAGGACAAGACGAGCGCGCUCAGUCUGAGCAACGUGGCCGGCGUGUUCUACAUCCUGAUUGGCGGGCUGGGCCUCGCCAUGCUGGUGGCGCUGGUCGAGUUCUGCUACAAGUCCCGGAUCGAGUCCAGAAGGAUGAAGGAGCUCAUCGAUGCCGCCAUGAGCACCAAUCUUGGCGGGAUGGUGGGCGGCGGCGGAGGACGAGGCGCGGCGGGGGCCGGUUAUGGAGGAGGAGCGUCAGGAGGAGGAGGAGGAGGAGAGAACGGCCGCGUGGUGGCGCAUGAUUUCCCCAAACCUGGAGCUCAAGGGCUGCCCUGCAUGGGGAAAGCUGCCGGCCUGGGACUGUCCUCCACAGGCAUGUGAUCAAAACUGUGAGACUCCUGAUUGGAUGGGACGCUCCGGCCUGUCAGUCUGUUGGUAAGGAAGGAGGAG